AUGAUGUUGGAUAGCCUAGACCUUUCCCUGCCCGCUAAGGCACCAUCGAUGGCAUGUUACCAUGAUGUGCCUAUGACUUUACAUCCAGUAGCUCUCUAUACUCUCGUCGACCUAGAUGACGUAGAGCUUGGAUAUCUCGAGCGCGAAUGCGAAUCUGAGUGUGUUGUCAUAGGCAGCGAGCCGGGUACCAGUGUGCGUCUUGCCCCACGGUCGCGCUUUGUCGGCCAGCCACUGCGCGCCGUCUUUGACUAUCAUCUUGAGUUGGGGCCGCAAAACACGUUUGAGCCUAGGUACUUUAUCGCCACCUCCGAGAAAAACUGGCAGACUAAAGGGGUCAUACUGGUAGCGUUAGACGAUGACAAGCUUGAGUGCAAUGUCGACUCAUUUCGCAUCAAGGCUGCCGAUGUCGGCUUAAGUAUCGUGAAUCUGCAAAUUGGGAAUUCUUCCUGGAACGAAGAAAAGAAUGGUUAUAAGCUCCAUCCCGAUAAUGGAGAUGGCGACGAAGAAGAAGAAGAAGAAGAUGAUGAUGAUGAUGAUGGACCACCAAGGCCGAGGGCAAAUAUUCCCCUAGGCUACUAUGUUCCCAUUUAUAUCCAUUCGAGUUUGCCGGAAGAUAAAGUUAUUGCCGACCUGGAGCCAGCGUUCAAAUACAAAUCGUCCAAAGAAUAUGCCUGUCGCAUCCAAGCCAAAUUGACUCCUGCAUCCCUCUCCUCAGACACAGCAUCAACCCAGGACCUCAUCCAGCAAGCUGUCGUCCUACACCCCCUGCGCUGUGCAAAGAACCAGUAUCUUCAAAAGAAAUACAUCCUCGUCGUCGAUACGGUAGACCCUGAUGAAAAUGGCAUGCUGAUGGUCAAAUUGCCGCCAUGGGAUGCAGGCCUUUCAGGGACGACUGAAAAAGCAGACUUGCACCGCAUCGGGGAGGAAUUAGCCCUUACUACUACUCAGCAUAUCCGUAUCCCGUAUUCUUGCUACGAAGGCCUGCAGACGCGUUUUCUGGUCGUAGCUAAUGGUGAUGCUGACUGGCCGUCAGAAGACGUGCGCGUUCAACCCGUCUUUAUCGUCUUCCAGUACAACACGCACCACAAGGAGCUCGGUUUUGGCGCUAGUUCAAUUGAUUCUAGCGCUGCGAAACGGAAGCCUGGCGAAGAGCGACUGAUAUAUGCGCCCGAAGCGGUCGAGCGCUCCGGAGAACGCCUGGACUUGAUUAAGUGGAACUACAAUGAAGCCGUGAGACGAUUUCCUUGGUUUUGCCGGGAGAAACGAUUCGUCGAAGCCUUAGAUACGACUUAUUUUAUCUGCGUGGAUGGAGACGAUGUGGCUAAGACGGGGGUGUUACUGGUGCGGAGAAAAUGGGACGGGAAUCUGUGGGGCCGGACACGGGAAGAGUUGCUCAGUUUGCACGUUGAUGGUGUGAAGCACGUAAAGGCCCCCAUUAAGGAAGCACUUUCUCUCCUGGAGAAGGGACGGAAGGGUGAAACAAAUGGGAUGAGUGAGAGCUUGAGAGGUUUCUUCUCAUAG